UGUAGUAGUAGUGGUUUGUGAAAGGAGCACACAAAUUUUGAUGCGAUGGAAGGUGUGAGAGUGUGUGUUUUGAGGCGAGUGGUGUCCUGAAAACUGAAAAGCGAAAACGAAAAAGGAGUGUGAACAGACGACAUUGGACACUUGGCACAUCCACCACGCCUCUCUUACGCAGCCAACCAACCCCUCCUUUUCUUCCCCCAAAAACAUUACCAGAUCAGGAAUACCCCCUAAAAUUAAUACAAAAAUUAAAUACUACAGCUUUCAUUGAAUCACCACCAAACAAUAGGCAAACAUGAACUUCAAGAAUUUCGGCAACGAUCCUGGCCCUGCUGCCGGAGGAAGCGGAGAUGCUGGUGGGAGACCGCCGGGGAAUUUCCCCCUGACACGGCAACCUUCCGUGUACAAUCUGACGUUCGAUGAGUUCAUGAACACCAUGGGAGGUUCAGGAAAGGACUUCGGCUCCAUGAACAUGGAUGAACUUCUUAAAAACAUAUGGACCGCCGAAGAGGUUCAAACUAUGGCGUCUGCCACGGGUGUCGGUGGAGAACCGGGCUCCGCAGGCUUCGGCGGUGCCGGCAUCAACAAUUUGCAGAGGCAGGGAUCCUUGACGCUCCCACGAACCCUGAGUCAGAAGACAGUGGACGAGGUCUGGAAAGACAUUUCGAAGGAGUACGGCGGAGGGUCGACCGGUGGCGGCGGAGGCGGGCCGAAUCCCGCGCAGACGACGCAGCGGCAGCCGACGUUGAAAGAGAUCACGCUGGAGGAGUUCUUGGUGAGAGCAGGUGUUGUUAGAGAAGACGCGCAAUUGGCAGCUGCUGGGAAAGCAAACGACAGCGUUUUUGUUGAUUUGUCUCGUGGUGGAGGGAAUAGUGGUGGUUUAGGAGUAGGGUUUCAGCAAUUGAACAAGGUACCAGGGUUGAUGGGUGAUAGUGUUGGUGUGAACAACAAUGAUCCUCUGGUUGGUCUUCAGCCAAGAACAAAUUUGCCUGUGAAUGUUAAUGGGGUUAGGUCUUCCAAUCAGCAGAUGCAGAUCCAGAAUUCACAGUCCCCUCAUCAGCAUCAGCCUCAGAUAUUCCCCAAACAAGCUCCUAUGAGCUAUGCUAUGCCUCUUGUGCAAGGUGGAGGAGGAGGGAUGGGGAUGGUUGGUUUGUCACCUGGGCCUGUUCAUGUUGCUACUGGCUCGCCGGCUAGCCAGAUUUCCAAUGAUAAGAUGGCAAAGAGCAAUGGAGAUACUUCUUCGGUUUCUCCGGUGCCUUAUGUAUUUAGCUUAUACCAUGGAAUUAGAAGCAGAAGUUCAAAAGUUGAAAGAGGAGAACCAAGAACUUCAGAAAAAGCAGGAAGAAAUCAUGGAAAUUCAGAAAAAUCAAGUUAUGGAAAUGAUGAAUUUGCAACAAAACGGCAAGAGAAGAUGCUUAAGACGAACACAAACUGGUCCAUGGUAGAGUGAAAGAUUGGAUUAUGAUCUCACAGUUGAAAUCUAUGUAUAUAAAAUAUAAAAAUUGUGUUGUAGAUUGAGUCUCUUGUAGAUUUAGAUUAGCACUUGAAAAGCAUGAUCUAUUGUUUCUCUUAUUAAAACAUCAUGCCCAGUUAGGGAGGUUGAGCACAAUACCAUCAGAAUAUGUUUCAGCAUGCGUCCAAUUUCAUGCCAUCGUUGGUUA